AUCCUGUAGGAAAAUCAGCUAUAUUUAUCAUUACAGAUAUUAAGAUGAGCGCAGACACGGUGGAGCAGUUGGACGCUCCAGCUGAUCAGGCAGAGCAUAACGGGAUCGACUUCAGUCGACAGAUUAAGAGAGAGGAUAUCAACGACUCACCUCAUUCAAUCUCCACACUGAAGACAUGUCCCCUCACACAGAGCUCUUUGAUGCCUGGAGGUCAGCUGACUGGGGAGCUCACCUCUCUCCACACCAUGCAGCAGCUGGUUCUGAUGCCACCGUCUCACCUGUCGUCUCCCUCCCCCUUCCUGCUGUCACAGAGCCCCACCAGCCACCAAGCUCUCCUGCAGCAGAACCUGCUGUCCCUCCCUAGUCAGAGUCAAUCAAGUCUCCUCCAGCAUCAGCCUGGACUGGCUCUGACUCCACAGGUUAUGAGUCGCUCUGGUCUGGCAGGACCGUCUAUGGAGACCCACAUGGACAUGUCCCACCUGCAGAUGCCCAAACUCAUGUCAGUCCCACCACAGGAGGAACCCAGUGAUCUGGAGGAGCUGGAGCAGUUUGCCAAAGCAUUCAAACAAAGACGCAUCAAACUGGGGUUCACUCAGGGAGAUGUGGGCCUUGCAAUGGGAAAACUGUACGGGAAUGACUUCAGCCAGACUACAAUCUCUCGCUUUGAGGCUCUCAACCUGAGUUUCAAAAACAUGUGCAAGCUCAAACCUCUGCUGGAGAAAUGGCUGAGUGACGCAGAAAACUCGCCCUCUGACUCGAUGAGCAGCAGCACCUCCCUGCCUCCUCUGAUAGAGGGCUACGGACGCAAACGGAAAAAGAGAACGAGCAUUGAAACCAACAUCAAGAUGACUUUGGAGAAGCGUUUCCAUGACAACCCCAAGCCCAACUCAGAGGAGAUAACUCUGAUCUCAGAGCAGCUGUCCAUGGAGAAGGAAGUGGUCCGGGUUUGGUUUUGUAACCGGCGUCAGAAGGAGAAGAGGAUCUACUGCCCGGUGUCGAGCUUAUCGGUGAAGUCACACAGCUAUAACUCCAGAAUGGCUUCAUCAUCCAGACCCUACAGCCCCCUGGCUUCAGGUGGAGUUUCAUCAAAUUCCUCUCCAAACAGCUUAAGUCGUGAAGCUUCUCCCAACAGUCUGUCCGCAGCCGCCGUCUCUUUAUCGUCUCAGGUCAACGCGGCUUCAUACAGCUCACCAGGGUCUUGGUACCGCGCAUGGACUCCAGCCACCUAUCAUCACUGAAAAACACGAACUGUAUCAUAUAAGGAUUUUUUUUGUGUGCGUGAGAAGGAUUUAAUCUUUAACAAGAUACAACGGAGUAUCGCAAUGUCCCUGUUGUGAACAGGGUUCCUACUACAUGCUCAAAACCAUAGAAGGAAACAGAACAGCAGCACACAACACACUGCUGUAAACAAACACUCUCGUGCACAAGUCCAAACAGCCCCCAGCUGUUUGAUCUGUGCUCAUGUGACUCUUUACACUAAACAUGCUAAACAGAUAGAAAAGCACACAGAUGACAGUUUAACUCUGGUGGGAAUUUGACAUGACUCAGGUAAUCUGUCUUAAUGUUUCAAGCAGUUCUUUACACAAAGUUUAUGCUGCACCUCAAUGUUCUUGUUCAUAGCUGUUAUGUGUAUUGAUAAUCAAAUAGUUAGAGUUGUGUGUCGUGAAUUUGCUGCGAUCUUUAAUUAUGUACUGCUAGCCUGUAUAAAUAAAUAAGCAGUCAAAACAGAGGGACUUACAUCUUACAUCCUUUGCUGGUGCAAGUUGCACCUUUCAUUGAAAUCUUGUAUCAGCGAACAGAACAGGUUUGGAUUUGGUUAUUUAUUUUUCUAUCUGUAGAUCUGUUUUAUUAAAACGUGGGUUAUGUCA